AUGGAGUCUUCAGUUCUCCAUGCCCUUACUGCUCACUCUCUUACAACUCAUGAAGUUCUAUUGCUUUUGGUGAUGUGGUCUUCCAUGGAAGACCUUAUCCCCUUGGGUCAAGCACAUCUAUUGGAGAUUCCAACUUCUCUUCCUCCUUCCCUUGUAGAUGAUCUGCAUUGGUGGUUGAACAAGGCUCACAUGGAUACCAGUUCUCCAACUUCUCUCCUUUUGAACAUACCUCGAAAUAGACGUUUCAGUGCUAGUUCUUCUCCUGGUCAGUGUAGCCCAUCAUCAAACUCACCCUCGUCCUUAGUUCCAUCAUUUGUGCCCUCUCGGGUUAUUCAGCUAAAGCAUGAAGAAGGAAUGGAUGUGAUGUAUAGAGAAGCUUCACAUGAAAAAGAGGUUCAAUCCAAGCUUCAGAUAUCCCAGUCUUGGGAAGAUUUGACAUUGGAUGGGACAACACUUGGUAAUAACAGUAAUAAUGAACCAGCAAAGCGGCCUCGAUCACUGACUGACCCUUUGCAUAUCUUUACACCUCCUUUGGGUUUAUGUAACUCUCCUUCACCAACACGUGCAGGAAAGCAAUGUUUUUCUCCUUCUGCAAACCUUGUGAGGACUUCUUCCUUUUCUCUCAGUCCUAAUCCUAGCCCCACUCGCAAAAGUUUUACGACUCGACGCAGCCAGAGUCCCAUUGCCCUGCGACCCAGUCAGUUCUUGAUCAAAAGGAAAUGUGACGUAGACAUGGAACAAGAUAGUAUUGGAAGUCCAGCAAAAAGGAUGAACACAGGAGCAGGCACUCCAGAAAGAAUAAUCAUCACACAUCCAUUAGCCCACAGUUUGUCAUCUAGUAGUCUGGAUCCAGUGAACAGUCCAGAUCAGACAGUUCCACAUGACAUCACAGACUCCAUGUCUAGCAGCAGUGGCUCCCCAUGUAGUGGAUUCAAACCUGUAGAGCCUGCACCUUCAACAGGAUAUGGGAUGGAUGGAUGAGAGUACAGUCUACAUGAACCCCAUUAAGUCAGAUUGGGACUAGUUUUACGUGUAUAUUUGUUGUAUAUUAACUGUAUAUUUUUAUUGGCUUCAACAUUAGAAAGCAUCUAUUAUGCAAUUCCCUAAACGAAAAAGCUUGUAAGAAACUAUUUCCACUAGCAAGUUCUUUUGAUUAGAUAAACAAUUCCCUAUAUUUGGGAGUAGGUAUUUGUAAAUGGUUAUGUAUGAAGCAAAAACUAAGCUUUUGUUGUUGAUAAGUGCUUGAGAUUGUGUGUUAGUAUGAAAAAACCCUAUUAGCCAUUUACAGUAUAUGUCAAAAAUGCUUCAUGGUUGAAAAAUAAUUUUCUACGUUUUGUGUUUGUUUUUGUAAUUGCAUGAAAUGACAUUAAUGUGUGAAGUUGUUUUUGAAAGUCAUAGCAUAAUUCUUUGUUUGAAUAGUGUGCUGUUUUGCAUGUUUUAAUUUAAUAAAAUAUGCGGCGUAGCAUUUCAUCUCACAGAAAGUCUUGUUUAUUUACUUUUCAACAGUCAUAUUAAAAACCUCAAAUAUUUGUUGUAGAUUAUCCAUGUUCACUGUUUUGAAAUAUUUUGUAUAGCAGUGUUCACAAUUUAGAAAGCUACUAAUUACUGUUUUGUGGCAAAUGUUUUUUUUUUCUCCCCUGUCUAUGCAGGAAAUAUUGACAAGAAUUUUAGGCACAUUGAAUAUGUUGUAUGUUCAUGUGGCUGUGGUCACUAUUUCAACAGUGUAGCUAAUAUCAAUGACCAAGAGUUAUGUAAAAUUUCUCUACUCCCUAUUUUUCUCAGUGUUAUGUGAAUUCAUUUGCUUUUGCAUGAAAUUUUGACUUUUCAGCUCCUCAAUUAAAGGAGUUAGGUUUUAUGAUGAAGCACUGUUGUAUCGUAAAAUAAAAUAAUAGAAAUUCACAGCAUGAAUACAGUGAACUGAAAUUUCAUGUUAAACACUUUAAUACAUAAAAUAAUAUGGUUAAUUUUAAUCCAGCAUUAUUCACUCUGAACUUUUAUUUUUUGUGUGGAAAUGUACUUGUGUAUAUUUUUAUUCAAGUAAGUGCAUCACCAUAGAAUACUUUAGUUAAUGAAUUGUCAUGUUACAACACAUAGAAAGAUGCACAGUUUUAGUGUAGCAGAUAUUUUAGUCAUUAUGUUAGACAUUCAAGUAUCUUCAUAAGUAAACUUUUCUACUAAGUAUGGAAAGUUAAAAGUUCAGUACAGUCCAGACUGUGCCAGCCAUUUUUCUCACUAUUAAGUGAAUAAAGUAUCAAGUGAAUUUGACCUUUUUUUCCAUAAAUCAGUGACUACAGUCUACUUUAAUGUAACACCAAAGUAAUGGUACUUUCCAUCUGAUUCUUCUUGAUAUCUCACUUCAGAAUUAGCUGAUUAAAUGUGGUUUUUUUCAGGUUAUAUUGAGAAACUAGCUAAUAUCCUCCUGAAAGGUUACGAUACCUUAUAUGAGUAGUAGUUGUUUUGAUAUGAUUUUAGUUUGUUUUAAUAAGUACUGAUCUAAAUAAAUGUUAAUUAAAAUCUGAAAUAGAUCUUGGGGAAUUAAAGUAGAAUGAGAGUUAAAUAAUAAGCAUGGUUAAUAGCAUAAACUAUUUAUGUAGUUAGGUUUUUACUUGGUCAAAGUAGACAUCCAAAUACUAUUUGAACUAUAAGAAUAUUCAUUUUAAUGCAAAGUUAAUGGUCUUAAGAAGAUAUUUUUUUUAGUGGAACUUUCAAGUUAUUUCACUCAAGAAAGUAUGAAAGUAUCUGUUGUUGAUAUUAAUAUAAUUAACAUUGUAACUGUUUUUUUUUUAUAAGUAAAUGAAUACUGUUUUACAAGGGAAUGGAAAUAUACUGGAAAAUUUAGCAGUCAGAUGUGAUAGUGUUAAAAAGAAAUAUCUAACUAUCUAGUAUUUGAUGAAAGUUUGUGAUAUGCAUGUUAAUGGUAUUUUACUUUGAACUUCAAGGACUAAAUAUUUUUACAUCUAUGAAUCAGUGUCGGGGGGGGGGGGGGGUCUUAGCAAACACAGAUUUGCCCUCUAAUUAACAAAUUAAAAAUUGGCCAAUUCAGUUUUUUUUUUUGUUAGAAUCACAGCAGAUACCAGUUUUUAUUUUUUUUUUCUAAUUCUAAAGGGAAAAAAAAAACAGGUUUUCAAUAAUUUUAUCUACCUCCACAAUAUGAAGUGUACAUUAUAGCUGUUUUGGGAAAUACUAAUGAAUGAUUUUAUAAUCGUAGAGACCUGAAAUUUAUAACAUCUCGUAUGAAAGAUGUAAUAUACAGUCCUUAAUUGUACAUGUAAUGUGCUUCUUUUUAAGUGCAUGAAAUUUUAAAUUAUGCAGAAAUGAGCUAUGCAGCUGUGUGUAGUGACCUUAUGAUGAUUGGCACAUUGUAUUUUGCUAGAUUCUGUGUACAUAAUACCACAGUUAACUUUUCAUGUUAAGAAAAGUAUGUUUAUUUUAGUUUUGAACUUGUAAAUGUUAAAUAUUACUGCCUUUAGUUUUUGUCUUAAAAACUAAGUUGUAGUAUAUAUAUAUAUAUAUAUAUAUGCUUGAAGGUAACAUUAUACAUUUAUAUUGCUCCUGUUGUAUGAUUGAAAGUAUUUUCUGUUGUUCACAUUUGUAACUGUCUUGUCUCUCUCAACUCGUAAAAUCUCACACCAGCGACAGUUUAAAAAAUUCUGUCAUAAAACUUGAAAAUGUGUUAAAAUUAGUGACUUUUCUAGUAAUAUGGGAAAUCUGUAUCUUUUCUCAGUGUACUGGUUAAAACCAUGUAUGGGAAAUCUGUAUCUUUUCUUAGUGUACUGGUUAAAACCAUGUAUGGGAAAUCCGUAUCUUUUCUCAGUGUACUGGUUAAAACCAUGUAUGGGAAAUCCAUAUCUUUUCUCAGUGUACUGGUUAAAACCAUGUAUGGGAAAUCCGUAUCUUUUCUUGGUGUACUGGUUAAAACCAUGUAUCUAAGCAUUGGUCGCAUUUAGUAAGUUUCAAGGAGAAUAAACACCAGCAUUAAUUUUUUCUGUUUUUACACAAGUCUUCUGACUUAAGACUAUUGCAAAAUAUGUCAGAACUCGUUAAUUCUUCAGUUGUGUCAGAAAACACUUCAUUUAUAGUUAGAAUCAGACCAUAUUCAUUCUUCAAUUAGAUCUGAAUACAUACUUCAUUGGAAUGUAACUCGAAAAGUAAGUACUAGAAUAUAUUAAUUUUCAAGUAAUAUUAGAUACAUCCUGUAAUUUGAGUUUACUGGAUUAGAACCAGUAAGGUAAGUAUCAGAACAUGUUGAUUUUUUCAGUUUCAUCAGAUUUUAUUUUGAGAUCAAUGGAUUAGAACCAGAAGAGUAAGUAUCAGAAUAUGUUGAUUUUUUUCAGUUUCAUCAGAUUUUAUUUUGAGAUCAAUGGAUUAGAACCAGUAAGGUAAGUAUCAGAACAUGAUGAUUUUUUCAGUUUCAUCAGAUUUUAUUUUGAGAUCAAUGGAUUAGAACCAGAAGAGUAAGUAUCAGAAUAUGUUGAUAUUGUAGUCAGUUAAACUUCUUUAUUUUUGAGUAAGUUGUAUUAGAACCAGGAGAGUAUAUGUUAAUUUUCCAGGGCUCAGAGUCAAGGUAUAACCAAUAAAUAAUUCUUUAAAAAUCUUGCUUUUCUGUAACAUUAGACUGUAGUUCAUUUGAAAUUUUUGGAUAAAUAACCAGCAAAUUGAAUACCAGAACUUAACACAUAAUUUGUUCAAUAAUAAGUAGUCAUUUAGUAAUUGUGACAUACAAUUUCUUUUUGGAACAAGGAAUGUGUUAAAUACGAAGAUAUCAAUUACACUAAUUUGGAAUGAUUUUUUUUUUACGUUAGAAGUUACCUGAGAUUGAAAUUCACUGUAUACUUGAAAACUGUGUAUCAUUUAUUUAUGACCUUUGUAUAAUAGCAUACAGCUUAAAAAUUAUUUCUGUACAUUAUGUUAAAAGUAGAAUGUUUCUGAACUUCAUAAGCUAUUUUUGAAACCCAAACUGUAAAUUGUUUCUUUAAGUAUUGCAAAUAAAAUUUCUGGUUUACUUUGUAAAAUCUUGAGAUAAAUACAAUUUUUUUUAUCAAGUUUGUGUGAAAUGGGAACUUUUUUUUUAUUUUUUUUUUAGGAUUCUUAGCUUACUUGUUUGUGCUACAUGAAUGUUUUCAGUAUGAUGCAUUGUUUUAUUUCAUUCAUAUCCUCUGAUCAUUUUCUUUAGUUAAAUCUGCCAGAUGGCAUUUAACUUCACAUGCAUCAAUUACUAAUAGAACUGUGUUUGGUAGAACUGGUUAUAUUUGUGAACUAUUUGAAGGUAACAUCGACAAAACAUUUUGUAUGACAACCAAAACUGAGUUCUGAUUCUUGUUAACAGAAUGGCUUGUAAAUGUAGGAAAUUUUAGAAAUUUCAGUAUAUUGUAUUCAGUAUAUUUCAAUUUAUUAUAGAAUGCCAGUGGAGAUUUAGGAUAUUAUUUUUGAUUAAAAUGUAUUCAGUAAAUUAUGAAGUAUUUGUUGUAAAUUAAUACAUGUAAAAAUAUAUAUAUAAGAAGUAAAUGUAGGUUUCUGGUAUACUUUGUAGUGUUCACUUAACACAUUAUUUGCAAGUAGCAGAAAGUUUGACAGUGUUAUUUGUUUAGUGGAUCUCUUUCAAUAUUAUAUUAUUUUACAUUUCGAAAAUAUUUACUUUUAUUAAAAUAUAAUAAAAGAAUAAUAAGUGUUUGCUUUAGGAUGUCAAAAAUAUAAUGUAAGUAUUGUUUACCUUGGAAUCUUGUGGUUUUAACUCGUGGAAAGUACUAGUACACAUGAUUAGUACAGGCAUUUAUAAGAAACUUUUUUCUUUUCUUUUUUUAGCAAGAAAGGGAAGAAAAAUUGGUAUAUUUUCUUUAACUUAAGAACAUGAGGAAUAAUUUCUGUUAAUGUCCUUUUUAAGUGCUUUAUUUAGUUUCAGAAAUUAUUAUAAAUCACGCAAGUCUUACUGUAACAUGAUAAAUAUAAACAAGCUAAUGGCAGUUCAUACAGGUUUAAAACUUUUUUUAAGCUGCACUUAUAUUUCUUGUGAGUGAAAGCAACCAGGGUUUGCUGCUGUUGUUUUCUGCAACUAGAACUGUAAUAUACUUGAGUGUUGAUGUGACUGGACUAUUGUACUAAAAUUGUAAUAAAGUAUCUGAAGAAUGUGUU